CCGGCUCGUGGAGUGUGUUUUUCUUUACUCGUUUUUUUUUAAAUGAAAGUAUUGGGUUAGGCUUUGCCAAUUUUGUUGUUUAGAUUAAGAUGAAAUAGUAUUCAUCAGCGUUAAAUAAAUAUUCUCACAAUAAAUUUAUUUUGUGUUUUCUCCUAUCACUACACUUACAAUUUCCAAAUAACAGAGGAUAUUUACAGAAAAUAUCGAUGGCUAAUGCACUUCGUAGUGCUGCAACAGAUUCGAAAAAUGAAAGAGAAAGUGGGGAUGAUUCGGAUGAUGAGAAUGAAAAUUUAGAAGAGAGCCCUUGUGGACGAUGGUUAAAACGAAAGGAGGAGGUUCAGCAACGAGAUAUACCUGGUAUUGAUAUUGCUUAUCUUGCUAUGGAUACAGAAGAAGGAGUAGAAGUUGUUUGGAAUGAAAUACAGUUUUCAGAACAAAAAGAUCUUAGGAAUCAAGAGGGCAAAAUUCGGGAUAUAUUCGACAGCCUCAUCCAACUUGAGCAUCCAAAUAUAGUUAAAUUUCAUAAGUAUUGGAUUGACAAAGAAUCAGAGAAACCUAGAGUUAUUUUUAUAACAGAGUAUAUGUCAAGUGGCUCUCUAAAGCAGUUUCUUAAGAAAACAAAAAGAAAUGUCAUCAAGUUACCCCUUCAGGCAUGGAAACGAUGGUGUUCUCAGAUUUUAUCUGCUUUAAGUUACUUGCAUUCUUGUUCCCCUCCUAUAAUCCACGGCAAUCUCACAUGUGAUUCAAUUUUCAUCCAGCACAAUGGAUUGCUUAAAAUUGGUUCGGUUGCACCUGAAGCAAUUCAUCAUCAUAUUAAAACAUGCCAAGAAGAUCUGAAAAAUAUCCAUUUCUUUGCCCCAGAAUAUGGCCUUAAAACACUUUCCGUGGUAGCUCCAGCUGUUGAUAUAUAUGCAUUUGGCAUGUGUGCUUUGGAGAUGGCUGCACUAGAAAUAGUUAGAAGUGGAGAAAAUAUGAGUCAUGUAACAGAAGAUUGUGUCAGUAAGACGAUUGAGUCACUUGAAAAUCCUUUGCAAAAGGAUUUUAUAUUGAAAUGCUUAAAGAAAAAUCCUUCAGAAAGACCAACUGCUAGGCAGUUACUAUUUCAUCCUGUAAUAUUUGAAGUUCACUCCUUGAAACUUCUAAGUGCUCAUGUCAUUGUGAAAGCUGAAUUAUAUCAACCUGACCAAUUAACUGAGGAAGCUCUUCAGACGAAGUAUAGUCUCCAGAGUGAUAUUUUAGCAUUUGUGCCAUAUAAAGGGGGAAAACCUGGUCCUUCAGUGUCACGGAGUGGAGCUAAGAAGUUAGAAGUGGAGAAGUUCCUGGAUGAUGUUAGAAUUGGAAUCUACCCUUUAACUGCUUAUGUUGCUAUACAUCAUUCUGGUGACAUAAAGAAAGUGGGUUCAUCUGAAGCAUACGAGCUUGAAACUAGAAGAAUAGUCAAUAUCAUGUGCAACGUUAGACCACAGGAAGAUAGUCAGAAUUUGCUGAUGACUAUUCUUUUGCGAAUGGAUGACAAAAUGAAUAGGCAGCUAUCAUGUGAGGUUUCUCUCAAUGAUACCCCAUUUGCAUUAGCAGAAGAGCUUGUUUAUCAUGGAUUCAUUAACCAUGCAGACUGCAAUAUGGUUGCAAAAUUAAUCAGUGAGAAAUUAAGUGGGAAAUACAUUCCUGAUCUUCAAGGCAUGGCCCCAAGUGAUAAAGAUACAUUGAGCCAAUAAUUGAUUGACAAAAUGUACAGCAAUUAUUGUUCAAAUUUUCUGUGCCAUGUAUUUAUUUCAUGUAUACUGCUUUCCUCUAAAGCAUUUAAUGUGAUUGUUUUUAUGUAAACCAGUUUUCAAAAACGGUAUGAAAUAUUAACCUUAAAUGUUGCAGCUACGUUUUGAUAAUAAUUUUUGCAUAUUUGAUAGAAUGAUAUACAUGAAUAAUUAAACUACUUUUUAAAGGUUGAAUUUUAAAUUAUUUUAAGAAGAAAGAUCAAUGAUUCAUGAAAAUCAUUGUUGAAAUAACUUAUAUAACUUUUUCUCCACUUAUAUUCAUUUAUAACCGGGGAAAAAAGUUGUUAUAAUGCUUUUGUAGAAUUUUUAAUAUAUGUUGGAAGAUAGCAUUUUGUCUUUUUGUAUUGUAAAUUUCUUCUUUGUAUAUGUAAACUUGAAAUCUAUGAAAGUUAAUCAUGAAAUAUAUUUUAGCCUUCUUCCCUUCCAUCUUUUCUCUUUUUAGAGUCGGCAUUACAGGUAUUAAACUCGCAUUCAUGGAACUUUGAAACAUUGUUGUUUAAAGAGCUUAUUUAUUAAUUGACUUGUAUGUCACAUCAAUGUUUCUUUGAUAGUUCUAUUAAUGACUUGUAUCUUUCGAAAUAGAGCUGACGAAAUUUUUACGAAAUAUAAUUUAUAUUUUUUAACAUUUGAUACACGACUAUUUUCCCAUGAAAAAGGUGCCAUUCUAAAACUAUUGAGAAUAAAGAAAGAAAAUGUUUUAUUACAAUUCAUUUUUUAAUAUUUUACGUAAUUGUUGACUGUUUAAAGCAAGUAAAUUUUAGUUUUAUUUAUUUGUUGGGCUUUGCUUUAACAAAUUUAAAGUUCUUUAAUCUCAUUUGAAAUGAGCUCGAAAAUUUUUAAUAUAUGAAGCAAAAUAUGUUGAGAAAGUUUUAAAAGUUGUUAAAGGAAUUGUGUUGUUUCUUGUGUUAUCUGUUAUUGUUGCUUAUAAACAUUUCAUAUUAUA